CCUUUGAUUGGCUGACUGAAAUCAUGACAAUUUGAUGUCAAUAGGAAGCGACGAAUGCUUAUUUCUUUCCUCCACAUUUUUGUCAGUGUUUGUAUAUAUGUUUUUCCCUGAUAGCUGAUGCACAAAAGCGAAUUAAUGCAUUUUUGAACACCGGGAUUUCAGAUGGAUGACAUCAACCUACACCACAGGUUCCUAAAUUGGAGGCGUCGAAUCCGAGAGCGAGAAAUGGGAGAAGUGCGUCCAGCACAAGAACGAUUCAUGAGGUUGCUGAAGAAUGGAGACAUUCUCAGUUACCAAGGGAACUCUGAUGAAGUGGGUUGCUACGUCGCGCCCCAACCUUUAUCAAAGGGAACUUGCUACUUUGAGGUGACGAUAGUGGACACCGGGCUCAGAGGGACCAUCGCAGUGGGCCUGGUGCCCCGGUUCUACCGACUCGACCACCAGCCGGGCUGGCUGCCAUACUCUGUCGCCUAUCAUGCUGUCAAUGGCAAGCUUUACAACGGCAACCCACUGGGGCAGCAGUUUGGCCCUCAAUGUGUCCGUGGCGACCGCAUCGGCUGUGGAAUACACUCCGAGAACCCAGCAGCAGGAAUCACUACCGUCUUUUUCACCAAAAAUGGCAGAGAGGUGGGUUCGGCGGAGGUCCCGGGGACCACAGAGGGCCUAUUCCCCGCUGUGGGCAUGCACUCCCUGGGAGAGGUGGCACGGGUGGACCUGCAGGCCCAGUGGCUCCUGGAGGAGGACGAGAGCAUGAUGAUGGUGGACAGCCACGAGGACGACUGGGGGCGUCUCUUUGAUGUCCGGGCCAGUGGCACGCUGCUGGAGUACGUUGGCAAGGGGAAGAGUAUCAUGGACGUGGGCCUGGCCCAGGCCCGCCAGCCGCUCACCACGCGCUGCCACUACUUUGAGGUGGAGAUCGUGGACGCCGGGGAGAAAUGCUACAUCGCCUUGGGCCUGGCGAGGAGGGACUACCCCAAGAACAGACAUCCAGGCUGGAGUCGGGGUUCGGUGGCGUACCAUGCAGACGACGGGAAGCUGUUCCACGGCAGCGGGGUGGGCGAUGCCUUCGGCCCGCGCUGCCUCAAGGGGGACAUCAUGGGCUGUGGGAUCAUGUUCCCACGAGACUACAUCCUGGACGGAGAAGCUGACGGGGACGACUGGGAACGGCUGGAGGAUCAGCCACGGCAGGAGGGCAUCCAGAAUGUUCUGUACCUGAACGACGAAGGCGAGGAGGAGGAGGAGGAGGAGGAAGGAGACAUGGAGAUGGAGCGGGGACAGGAAGGCAGGAAGGUGGCGGUGUUCUUCACUCGGAACGGCAAGCUGAUGGGCCGCCGGGAGGUGGGCGUCCCCCUGGGGGGCCUCUACCCCACUGUGGGCAUGCUGAGCAGCGGGGAGAAGGUCAAGGUGGACCUGCACCCCCUCAGCGGCUGACCUGGGAGAAGAUGGCGACCAUGACCUUGCUGUUGUGGUCCCCAUGACAACAGCAGCCUGUGGAUUUAGGAGCAUGGAGAACAGGGCGGGGCCCCCCUGAGCAGCUGGAGCCCGACCACCUGCUGCGAGCCCACGGCAGAACUAUGCAAUCACCAAGAACCGCCACCUCCUCAUCCUCAUCGGCCCCUCCUCCUGAAGGACCACCACCCUCUGUGAGGCCAGCGGCCCCGAGGGAAACAGAUUGGGGGCCACACUUAUCAUAGAAAGGAGGACAACCUUCUCUCGCUGUCUCUGUCUCUCUCUGUCCGUCUGUCUCUCUCUCUGUCUGUCUGUCUCUUUCACUGCUUCUCUCUUUCUGUCUCUCUCUCUCUCUCUCUCUCUCUCUCUCUCUCUCUCUCUCUCUCUCUCUCUCUCUCUCUCUCUCUCUCUCUCUCUCGUUCUCUGCUUCUCUCUCAAUCUCUGUCUCUCUUUGCGAGGCAUGCGCAUUCGUAAGAAUGCAGCAAUUUUGCUGCAGGAACUAUUAAUAUUUUCCAGCCAUUUCUCCUUUCCUCUAUAGCUGAUAAUGACCAUUGCCGGUUGGGUUCUUUUCGAAGAAGAUGGAGAAGACUAAAGCAGAGAUCAUUUGCUCAUAUUUUACUCAAAAGAGGUCCUAUUCAAAUAUUUAUAUUAAAAUAUGACUUUUUUAUAUCUAUGUAAAACAACUGUAAUGGAACUGCCUGGCAUUAUAUAGCUGCACCAGUAGGCAGUCCCAUUUAGAGAUCCCUCAGAUCAGGGGUCGGCAACCAGACACUUUAGGUCCCUCCCAUCAAAUAAGAUGUAUCUGGAGCCUCAAAAGCUGUUCAACCCCUAAAAUGAAGACAACACAACAUCUAACGUUUUACAUAGA